GCGCAGAAGGCAGCUUGGCACAGCUUCUGCGAUGCCAACACCAACAGCAUGUACGACCCUGGCCGCCUGGACGAGUCGAUCCUGACGAUCUUCAUGACGGCCAACGGCAUCACUCCCGAGCCAUCCAGCGGCGGCGGCGGGGCGUGGCCGUCGGGCAACGGCGGCAUGAGCGGCUACGGCAGCAUGGGCAACUACAACAGCUCGGGCAGCUAUGGCAGCAUGGGCGGCGGGGGCAUGGCCGGCGGCCUGAACAAGGAGCCGCUGGUGCAGGCCAUCAAGACCUUCCAGAGACAGGGCGAG